ACGUCCAUAUCUGUCACUGUCAUUGGCAACGCAAAACACGAAAUUCUAUCACUUUUCGUAUUCGCUGUUUAUUUCAUGUUUGUUGAAAGCGGUAGCUAAGUAUUAAUUACCAGUAUUGUGCUAAACCUUUACAAAAUACAUUAGAAACCUUAACAAAAUGUCUCUUAAUACGGCUCAUGCCGAUCACGGAGUGUUGAUACACGCAGGAGAGUGUAUCAUAUUGUUUUCGGACAAUGUCACAAUUAAUUUCUAUGGAAAUGACACAACCGAGUUCAGUGGAACCAAAGAAGGCCGUAUAUACUUGACCAGUCAUCGCAUGAUUUUUAAUUCAAAAAGCCGCUCGGAACCUCUGCGGUCAUUCAGUUUUCCAUUUGUUACGUUGAUGGACGUUGCUAUAGAACAGCCUAUGUUCUCUGCAAACUAUAUUAAAGGAAAAGUACAUGCGCAACCUAACGGAAACUUUAUUGGUGAAGUUAAGUUCAAAAUUGUCUUCAAGUCUGGAGGUGCUAUUGAAUUUGGACAAGCCAUGCUGAAAGCCGCACAUCUUGCCACUCGUCACUCGGCCCCAGACUCCAUGCCUCCUCCGUAUUCGCCGCCAACUGGUCCAUGGUACGCCGCGCCACCACCGGCGUAUGCGCCGCCUCCACAGGGUUACUACGGAUGGGUACCUCCCUACAUGACUUUCCCUGACCAGCCGCCACCAAACUCAGUGUUUGUGUCGAACAACCCGCCCCCGUACCCUGGCGUGACAGGCAGGGCGUACCCGCCUGGUACCGGGUACUCCGGCGUGAGCUCGCAGGAGAGUCCGUCGCCCACAGGUGCAGCAUUCUCGCCGGGUCCAUCCGCUCCCCCCGGCUACCCUGGAGCCCCGGCUGGCAUGUCCUCCAGUGAUGCUAAAGCCGCGGAGGCAGCACAGAGCGCCUAUUAUGAUCCCAACAGGCCUCAGACAGCUUACGUACCCCCGCCAUACAGCGAUCUACCGCCGACCUAUCAGGAAUCGUUGUCAAAGAAAGAAAAUUAAUGCACUGUCCACAUUUCCAAAUGCCACCAAGGCGCUCGUGUCUUAAAGCUCAAGAUGAGUUUUAUCUACCGAAGGAAAAGAAAGAUGAUGAAAUGGGUAGUGACUAAGCUAUAAUAAUGUAACAUUCCUCUACCCUGGGAGUCGUAGCUACUUACGCGGAUAUAAAAUCAUACCAAAUUAAUUAAUGUUAAAUUAUGCAUAAUCGAAAUAUAAAUAAAAUCGUAUUUUUACAUACUAUUUGACAUUUACGACUACGACUUGGUGGGUUUUGCUGAUUAAAUUUGUUAUCUAUAUAAUUAUAUACUUUAUUAUAGAUUACUAAUUGGAAAAGCUGAAGUAUUUGUUUGUUUGUUAGAACACGCUAAUCUCCGGAACUGCUGGUUCGAUUUGAAUAAUUAUUUUUGUGUUGGAUAGUGUAUUUAUGGAGAAAGUAAAAAUAUCACGCUACGAUCAAUAUGAUCCGAGCGGGUGAAACCGCACCGGAGUAGCUAGUUGUUUAUAAAUAUGUUGUGUAUAAAAUGUAUUAACAGUUAAAUAUUUGUUAAUGUCGACACUAGACCAGAACAAGUUAAUGCAGACCUGAAGCAAAUAAUUUGUAAUAAAUAAGUAUUAAAUACAUAAAUGGAUAAAUCUUGGGCCUUGCGUUGCUAGUGCGAUUAUUAAUGAUGUAGGAUUAUCAGUGUAUUUUGUUAAAAAUAUAUUUAAAGUAAAUUAAUGUUAAUGUGAUAUUUUCAUAGUAAAGUAAAUCUGUAUUCACUUUCACUGUUGUAGAUAAGAAUCUAAUCAAAGUGUAUGUUUAAAUAACUGCAGAGUUGUUUUUAACGUAAAUAUAUCGUAGACGACGUUUUAUUCAUAAGUUAUUUAUUUUUCCGUACAAAAUUUAAUGUACACAAAAUUAUAAGCUUAAAUAAAGGCUUAGCUUGUU